AUGGAGGCCGAGGAACAGGAGGAAGACUCCAGCUCCCUCUCAAAUGACAAAUCAGAAAAUAACUCACGUCGCUGCCUCCGCUAUGUGCCCCUUGGGAUAGCCUUUCUUGUGCUGGCUGGAGCUGCUGCAGCAACCUGGUAUUUCCUAGACUACAGACCAUGGCACGUGGAGCCCUCCAUCCUGCAGUUCUACUGCGGCAGCCUCCAGGUCCUCAAACGCCGCUACUCCCCGGAGCUGGGGCAGGUGGAGUCCAGGGCCUUCUGGGUGGAGUCAGCUAAGCUCCAGAGCAUGCUGAAGGAACUGAUUCGUGCCACAGAGCUGGGUCAGUACUACAACUCCAGCACGGUGUAUGCCUUUGGGGAGGGAGCUCUGACCUUCUUCUUCUGGUUCACCCUCCAAAUCCCUGAGAGUCAGCAGAAGGAGGCAACUGCUGAGAGGGUAAACACAGUGCUCCACCAAGAGCUCUCCACCAGCUUCAACAGCUCAGGCAGCCUGUCCUACCAGACAGAGUACAGGCUCAACCCAGACUCUCUGGUUCUCCUGGAAUCCAGUAUGAAAGACAUAGUAGUGCUGCAGUCCACUCUGGGUUGCUACAGGUACAGCUAUGUCCAGGAGGAUGAUGUCCUAAGGCUGGAGGGCCCUGAUUACCUGGCCUCCAGUUGUCUUUGGCACCUGCAUGGCCUCAAGGGCUACAUGAUCAAGCUGCGGCUGGAGUGGACCCUGCCUGACUGCAGGGACCGCCUGGCCAUGUACGACGCAGCCGGGCCCCUGGAGAAACACCUCAUCACCUCGAUCUAUGGCUGCAGCCGGCAGGAGCCCAUAGUUGAAGUCCUUUCGUCUGGCCCUGUCAUGUCUGUUGUGUGGAAGAAAGCCAUGUACAGCUACUAUGACCCUUUCAUCCUCUCAGCACAGGCGGUGCCCCUCGAAGCUUGUGAAGUGAACAUAACUCUGCGGGAGAGCCUGGAGCUACAGGGGAAGAUCGGCACCCCACACUACCCCAGUUACUACUCACCCAACACACAGUGCACCUGGCACAUGACGGUCCCAUCCCUCGACUAUGGGGUCACCCUCUGGUUCGACGCCUACGCGCUCAGCAGACAGAAGCACGACCUGCCCUGUACCCAAGGCCAGUGGAUCAUUCAGAACAGAAGGUUGUGUGGCCUGCGGACCCUGCAAGCCUACGCUGAGCGGAUCCCAGUCACAUCUUCUGCUGACGUCGCCAUCACCUUCACCUCGCAGAUCUCCUUAACUGGCCCUGGCGUACAGGCAGCUUACAGCUUGUACAAGCAAUCUGACCCCUGUCCUGGGGAGUUUCUGUGUUUGGUGAACGGUUUGUGUGUCCCAGCCUGUGACGGGAUCAAAGAUUGCCCCAAUGGGCUGGAUGAGAGAAACUGUGUGUGCCCUGCAAAGUUCCAGUGCCAUGAGGACAGCACUUGCAUCGAGUUCAGCAGGGUCUGCAACCAGCAGCUGGACUGUGUCAACGGGAGUGAUGAGGAGCACUGCAGUGGAGGGGUCCCCUGCGGUCCUUUCACCUACCGCUGUGAAGAUGGGACCUGUGUGAAGAAACCCAACCCACUGUGUGACACCACUGCAGACUGCAAGGACCUGUCUGAUGAGAAUCACUGUGACUGUGGGAUGCAAGCACCUCUCAGCAGGAUUGUGGGUGGUAUGAAUUCUGUGGAAGGGGAAUGGCCGUGGCAGGCCAGCCUGCAAGUUCGGGGCCGGCACAUUUGUGGGGGAACACUCGUUGCUGACCGCUGGGUGGUCUCAGCCGCGCACUGCUUCCAGGAUGAGAGGUUGGCCUCCCCCUCCAUCUGGACCGUUUACUUGGGUAAAUACUUGCAAAAUGCCACCGGCCACACAGAGGUGUCCUUCAAGGUUAUCCAUCUCUUUCUUCACCCUUAUUAUGAGGAGGACAGCCAUGAUUAUGAUGUGGCCCUGCUCCAGCUGGAUCAUCCUGUGAUCAUCUCACCCUUAAUCCAGCCCAUCUGCUUGCCUGCUCCAUCUCACAUCUUUGAGCCUGGCCUUCUUUGCUGGAUCACUGGCUGGGGAGCCCUCAAGGAAGGAGGGCAUACCAGCAAUGUUCUGCAGAAGGUGGACGUGCAGCUCAUCCAGCAGAACAUCUGCAGUGAGGCUUAUCACUAUAUGAUUACUCCCAGGAUGCUGUGUGCUGGGUACUACCAGGGCAAGAAGGAUGCUUGCCAGGGUGAUUCUGGAGGUCCACUGGCCUGCAAAGAACCCAGUGGCAGAUGGUUUCUGGCUGGUUUGGUCAGCUGGGGAAUGGGAUGUGCACGUGCAAAUCACUAUGGAGUAUACACCAGGAUCACUCAAGUGCUGGGCUGGAUGAACCAAACCAUGAGCUGAGAAAAGUGCAACUCUGUC